UCACAAUGCAUAAACUUGCGUCUUUGAUGUCAUGGAAAUUUGGUCUAGCCGCAAAUGUAACUCUCCGAUUUCUUGUUGUUUGUUUCAAUAGACAAAUUGUGAUGAAUUUCAAAAAGGAUGAACAGUUGCUUAUGAGAGCCAACAAUAUGAAGACAGGUGAUCGACAGAGUGGAAGCAGCACGGCUCUCGCUGCGGUGGCUUUCCAGGAUCAUCUCAUGCGCAACCUGUCUCUCGCCGACCCCCUGAAGACGAAGAGGCCGAUUCAUCAUGGGCGACCCAAGAAACAAGUCAAAGCGGUGGUGGAUACUGGUCAGAGGCCGGGAGUGGGCGGGAGGAAGGGCGACGCCCCCUCCAAUCGCAAGACGGAGAAGGAGUACGUGCUGGACCAGAAACCACAGCCACUUACUCUUGCUCAAAAACUUGGCCUAAUGGAAGCGCCCGAACAGCCCCUCUCUGAUCUGGACUGGAGAGAUGCCAAAGAGAAAUCCAAUCGCCGUGACGAUUCCAUACUUCCCUGUGUCAUUUGCAAGGAAGAAUUUGGCCUACAGCAACAGGUUCUGCUGUCUUGCUCUCACGUGUUUCAUAGGAACUGUCUUCAAGCAUUUGAACGGUUCACUGGAAAGAAGACAUGUCCCAUGUGUAGGAAGGAGCAGUACCAGACGAGGGUCAUACAUGAAGGUGCUAAACUCCACAGAGUUAGGUGUGCCAUACGGAUACAAGCUUGUUGGCGGGGAUAUGUCGUCUACAGCUGGUAUCGUAAACUUAGGCAAACGGUGCCACCAAAAGACCCCAGACUGCGAAAGAAAUUCUACGAGGAGAGGCUCCAGGCAAUAACAGAACGGUUAUUGCGAUCGUACGACACCAACAUUGACUCCUUCUUGGCAGAAAUGGACCGUUCCAUUACAGCCAGUAGGGAUGUCUUUAAGAACCUGGAAGCGUCCAAUCUACGGACCAUAACGCCGGAGGAAUGGGACUCGAUACAGCUCAAGGCUGUGGAGAGAGGCAAGACCGAGUGUCCAAUAUGCAUUAUGCCUUUGCACCAGCCAGACAACACAGAGCCCAUCACCAAUGCACCCAACAUACAGCAUCGGGGCAAAGACACACAUAGUGACAGACCCCCCAACAGACCUGGAAAUAAUUCAAGUGCUAAAAAGAAGAACCGCGUUCGGCAGCGAGACACUGGGGUCACUAGCGCACCAAGUGGGACGUCACAUAGUCUCAGGAAACAUACACGGAUUGAUAAUGAUGAUGACACUAGUGCUGACCGGGAUGGUGAUAGACACGGUGAUAGACACGGUCAUAGACACACAGUGCUGCUGUCCUGCACCCACGUGUUCCAUCUUGUCUGUCUGCAAGCGUUUGAGGAGUUGUCCCUGGCCCAGACCAAGGUCUGCCCUGUCUGUCGGUCAGGGUAUCAGAAAAAAGUGCUGUCGUCUUUUUAUGAAACGACCCAAACUUGACAUAAUUAUCCUGUUUUUUAAUGUGUACUUUUACAGAAAAUAAUGGAAAUCUAACGCCGGUUUUAGUCUGCGUUCCAUAGUCGUACCAAGCCAUAUUAAUCCAAAGAUAUUUGACUAAGCACUUAAAGGUAAAGUAGAUCAUUUGCAGCUAUCCAAAAAGUAACUGACAAAUGUAUUGUUGAAAAGCUUACUUGGUUUAAAGAAAGUAAUGGCUCUAAACUCCCUGUGAAUUAUUCUUUCUGGCAUGCUGUCAUUUUUAAGAAAACAAUAAAAGCAGGCCAGUUCCAAAGACGUGUCAAGUGAUGCAUUUUUGGUAAUUUCCGUUAGUAGUUGGUUUGUAAUUCGGCAAAUCCGUGAAUGGGUGCGCACAAGCGUUGGCACGACACACACGUGCGCGUAGUUGCUAUUAUUCAUCAGUUCAGUGAGUAACAUCGUGUAGCUGCAGUUGGCUGUACAAGAACAUGUCCCCGGCACUGAUUUCGGGCGCAGUUCAAAACAUGACUCGGCAACUUUUGAAUUGAAACCGAGAUCCUAGAAUAUUGUUUUCUCGGAAUAUACAGCAUUGCUAGAGCUCAAACUUAUCAGGUUAGUUGUUAAGUACCCAUCUUUAGAUUUUGAGCACUUUUGUUGCUUCAAACAACAAAAUGCCCAAAUGACAAAUGAUCUACCCUACCAUUAACAAUUUGACAUUUGAAAGAUAGAAUGUUGCAGUCAUACUUCGGAAGGACUUGAGAGGUCUAAUUCAUGGAAAAUUAGAAUUCAUCUAUCUGAAACCUAAAUCUCUUUUGGGUCGACCCGAUGCCAUUCCUGAUACUAUUUGGUUUGGCAAAAUUUUUGUGAAUGCCAGUCUGAAAAGAGAGUAAGUUAACUAUUCUUUAGGUUGCAAAAUUUGUCAACGAGGGAUAAUACAUCUGUCUCUCGGUAGGAAAAAUAAGGGCCUCGAAAGGCCACAACUCUAGGUCUUAACCUAUGUCACAUUUUAAAGAAAAUUUGAUAAAUGGGAAUAUUUGUGGAAUAGGUGAAAUUGAAAUUAGGGUGAGAUUUUGAGAAUGGCUUUGUUAUUUGUUUCUGAAUGAAUUUAUGUCAGUGGUCCUCAAGCUGGUAUCAGUUAUAAUUAUUUCUUUUGAUGCAUAUGUAUGACAUGAUUGCAUUUAAUGUAAAAAGUGUACAAAUAAAUCAAGUCUCCACACAGUGA